AUGUCAAAUGGUUCAAAUAUCAUCCCAUGUUUAAAUAGUUUAAUUAAAGAUACAAAUAUAAAUAUAAAUAAUCAAAAUAAUCAAAAUUUUAUAGAAUCAUUAAUAAAAUUUUCAAAUAUAGUCACAAUAAAAGAUAAUACCAGCGAAAUUGAAAUCGAUUAUGUUUUAAAUAUUAUUUUAAAUUAUUUUAAAACAGAUUUUUAUAUAGACAAUCCAUUUUUUUUCGAUAGUUUUAUAGAUUUUUUAAAAACAACAAGCAAUUUUAACUUUUAUAACUUUUUAAAAUCAAUUUUGGUUUUAAAUAUACCACCAAAUUUUCAAUAUUAUUUCAUAGAUAGAUUAAUAGAAUAUAAUAAUAAUGUUAAUAAUAACAACGGUAAUAAUAAUGUAUUACCAGAAGAUUCUUUGUUAAAAGAGAUUUUAAAUAAAAAUAAAAAUGAUAAAAUAGUUUUAAAUAAAUUAAUAGGUUUUGGUAGAUUUAAAAAUAAUAGUAGCAAUAAUAGUAAUACAUUUAAUGGUAAUGAAGAAAGUUUAAUUUUUGGUACAAUAAAUUUAAUUACACCCAAAGAAAUUUUAGAUAGAGCUAUUCGAGGUAUUAAUGAAAUAUAUUCAUUAGAUUAUUUAAAUCAAGAGCACGAUUAUAUAGAUUUGGUUUAUUGUAUUCAAGAUCACCCUUCUUUUAAAGAAAUGCUUCAUUUUUUAAAAUCAAAUUUUGACCACUCUGUAAUUGAAUGGCUAAAUAUGGAUCUGGAAAUUUUAAAUCAAUAUUAUCAACAUUACAAUGAUGACAGGUUAAUUUCAAAUAAAUUUAAUUUUUAUUCUAGGUGCAUACACUUAUAUAUAUCUUUUUCAAAAUAA